CCCGGCAGCGCUCACAGCCGGGGGCGCGGGCGGCCCUUAAGGUGGAUCGCGUUUAAGGUGGAGCGCUGCCGUGAGGCGGACCGGGCGUUAAGGUGGAUCGCGCUUAAGGUGGACUCUCGGCGAAGCCGCGCCUGCCGGCGGGGGGGCCGGGGCUCGGCAUGGGGAGCCCCGCCUGAAGCGGGGCCCGAGGAGCCGCGCCGGCCCGGCCCGAGGAGGAGAUGGGGGAGGCCCGCUGCUGAGGAGCCAGCUUCGCCCCGGCCGCUGACAAUGCCCGGCUCCCGGCCGCUCGGCAGGAAGAGGCAGCCCAUGGACGAGGGCGAGGCAGCUCCUUCAUCACCGCCAUCCUCCUCCUCCUCCUCGUCCCUUUGCAGCUCUGAAGCCGUCCCGGCCGCAGCCUCCCCGCCGGCCCCCGGGACCCCCCGGCGCAGCGCCAUGGAGACGGUGGGAAAGUUUGAGUUCAGCAGGAAGGACCUGAUCGGACACGGAGCCUUCGCCGUCGUCUUCAAAGGCAGGCACAAAGAGAAACCCGAGCUGGAAGUAGCUGUGAAAUGUAUUAACAAGAAGAACCUUGCAAAAUCACAAACACUGCUGGGCAAGGAAAUAAAAAUUCUUAAGGAAUUGAAACAUGAAAACAUUGUUGCCUUGUAUGACUUCCAGGAACUGGCAAACUCUGUCUACUUGGUUAUGGAGUACUGUAAUGGUGGUGACCUGGCAGACUACCUUCACACUAUGCGGACACUUAGUGAAGACACCAUCAGGCUCUUUCUCCAGCAGAUAGCAGGUGCCAUGAAGAUGCUGCACAGCAAGGGCAUCAUCCAUCGGGACUUGAAGCCACAGAAUAUCCUCCUUUCCUAUGCUGGAGGCAGGAAAUCAAAUCCCAACAACAUUCGCAUAAAGAUCGCUGACUUUGGGUUUGCCCGGUACCUGCAGAACAAUAUGAUGGCAGCAACAUUGUGUGGUUCACCCAUGUACAUGGCACCAGAAGUCAUUAUGUCACAACACUACGAUGCCAAAGCUGACCUCUGGAGUAUAGGAACCAUCAUUUAUCAGUGUCUAACAGGAAAGGCUCCCUUUCAGGCCAGCAGCCCCCAGGAUCUCCGCCUCUUCUAUGAGAAAAACAAGAUGCUGAUGCCCAACAUCCCCAGGGAGACAUCAAGCCACCUGAGGCAGCUCCUGCUGGGCCUUCUGCAGCGUAAUCAUAAGGACCGCAUGGACUUUGAUGAAUUUUUCCAUCACCCAUUCUUGGAUGCAAGUGCCUCUAUGAAAAAAUCUGCUUCCGUGCCAAUGCCUUCUUAUCCCAGUUCUGGCUCUGGUAGUUCCUCCAGCAGCUCAUCCACUUCCCACCUGACAUCACCUCCUUCCCUUGGAGAGAUGCAGCAGCAGCUGCAGGAGAAGGCGCUGGCAUCUCCUACCCAGGAUUCUCCCGGAUUUAUGCAAAGAUCCAAGGACUCUGCGGGGAGCAGCAGCAAGAAUUCCUCCUGUGACACAGAUGACUUCGUCAUGGUCCCAGCACAGUUCUCAAGUGAUUUAACUGGUGAGGCUGCAGGAGGGAAACCAAUCCAGGACAGCCUGAUGUACAGUGGGAGUUCCCUGGUGACUUCAGCAGGCUUGGAAAGCCAGGGAAGGACACCAUCUCCAUCACCCCCAUACAGCAGUUCUCCGAGCCCAUCUGGCCGGCCAGGGCAGUUCUCCAGCAGCAAGUACGGACACUCGGUGCCCAUCCCAGUCCCCACACAAAUCCACAACUACCGUCGGAUCGAGCAGAACCUGCAGUCUCCCAAUCCGUGCUCCUCUCCCCGGUCUAGUACGGUCCGGAGGUCCAGCAGUACAAGUCCUCUUGGUUUUCCCAAAACUGGUGCUUCCCCUCCUUAUCCUGGAGAGCAUGGAUCUGUGUCCAGCACUAAAAAGCUCUCCUUUGGUGGUGCCAAGCCGUUCAUGCCAUCACCACAAGAUUAUUUGACAAGUGUUUUGACCUCAGUAAAACGGAGAGAAAAAUACCUGUUAGCCCCAGGAGAGGCAAGCUUUGCUUUGGUGCCUGCAUCAAACAUUUUACUGCCCUCAGAAGAGGGCGUCUUUGGAACAAUCCCAGAGCAGCCCAGUCAGACUGUUAUCCCGUCUUCUCUUGGAGCAGAAGUGAGAAGCCGUGUUCCUGCUGCCAGUUCCUUGGCGCCCGAACAGUCUCCUCGAGGGAUGGGCUCCCGGCUCCACAGUGCUCCCAACCUGUCGGAUUUGCAUUCCUGCAGGCAGAAGAUAACCAAGCAGCACUCUGAUCCUCUUGUUGCUCACUUUGGUCAUACCCCAGUCAGCCAGCCUCUGCAGAUUCAUGGCUUGCAGCACUGCCGGCAGCUCCGGUCCUCGCCAAAGCUCUCUGAGUUCAUGCAGAGAAGCCCUUUGCCAACGAUAAUGGGCUCCCCUACGAAGGCUGUGUCUCCGUUUGAGUUUCCCAAAACCCCAAGUUCCCAGAAUCUCCUCACCCUGUUGGCCCAUCAGGGGGUCAUGAUGACACCAACACGGAACAAGACCUUGCCAGAUCUGAAGGAGAUGGGUCAUUUCCACUGCCAGCAAACUGGGUUGGGAUUGAGGCCUGUGGAGGAGAUCAAGGGCAGAUCUCUGAGCACGGGCAGGCUCACUGACCUGCUUCUAAAGGCGGCCUUUGGGGCACAGAUCUCGGAAGCUGGCAGCAGCGACAGCCUGAACAAUGAGAAGCCAAUGGAAAUUGCAGCUCCCUCAGGUGCUUACGGAGGGACCCUGCACUCUGGUGCCCGGGCUGGGGGCUCUGCCAGCCCGUCCCCAGUGAUUUUUACUGUCGGAUCCCCUCCCAGUGGAACAACCCCCCCACAGACCACGAGGACCAGGAUGUUUUCAGUGGGGUCUUCCAGCUCUCUCAGUUCUGGAGGCUCCUUCAGUGGGAGGCACUUGGCAGUGGGAGCUGCUGGGGAGGCUCUGGAGGGCCUCUCGAGUCUCCGGUACGCUUUUGCCGAUCCCAUCACUGCCAACCUGGAAGGUGCUGUUACAUUUGAGGCACCCGAGCUGCCCGAAGAGACACUCAUGGAGCAAGAGCACACGGACAUCCUGCGCAGCCUGCGCUUCACGCUGGCCUUCGUGCACUACGUGAUGGAAAUCGCUGCUCUGAAGGGCAGCUCCAGUGACAUGAGCAGCUCGGUGACAUCUGAGUACCAGCUCCAGGAGAGCGUGGUGGCCGACCAGAUCAGCCUCCUGAGCCGGGAGUGGAGCUAUGCAGAGCAGCUCGUGCUGUACCUGAAAGUGGCAGAACUUCUAUCCUCGGGGCUGCAGAUGGCCAUAGAGCAGAUCAAAGCUGGCAAGCUGUGCCUCUCCUCCACCGUCAAGCAAGUUGUGAAGAAGCUAAAUGAGCUUUACAAAUCCAGUGUAUCCUCCUGCCACUGCCUCAACAUGAGACUACAGAGGUUCUUCUUGGACAAACAGAAGCUCAUGGAUCGGAUCAACAGCAUCACUGCAGAGAAGCUUAUCUUCAGCUACGCUGUGCAGAUGGUGCAGUCUGCAGCCCUGGAUGAGAUGUUCCACCACAGAGAGGACUGUGCACAGAGGUACCACAAGGCUCUGCUGCUAAUGGAGGGGCUCCUGAACAUCAUCACGGAACAGGGGGACAUAGAAAACAUCAGUAAAUGUAAGCUGUGCAUCGAGCGCAGGCUGUCAGCUCUGCUGUCGGGGUUCUGUGCCUGAUUUCAGUGGCAUUGUCCUUCACACACCUCGCCCCAGCUGAUCCCUUUAUUCCCAACAGCCUGUGCUGUGGUGGGAAACCAUUCUGGCAGUAAGACACCUGGAGGAUGGACUGCUCACUGUUCUGUUUCUGGACGUUUUGGGAAGUUGUUCCACAGACUCAGAUUCCUUUGUGGGGAUGUGUGACUGCAGCAAGCACAAAUACUUCCCUGCCCGAAGUCCUGGGUGAAGAUACAGCUGACGUGGAAAGGUCUCCCUCGUUGUCAGAGGGAGUGAAGGAUUGAAGUCUGCUUCCUCCCAGCACUUUGAAGGAUAAGACUGCUGCCUAUCCCUCUUGCUUAAGAACAGGGUAUUCCAGUGCUGUGUCCAUUGCAGGCAAUGGAUGUGCUGAAACUGCUGGCUUCAGUUGAUGUCCGAGUGUGUCAUUCAGACAUAAAGGCCAGUCUGUGUACUUUCCCCUUCCCAGCUGAGAGCCAGGCAUCUUCAAGCUCCCUGGCUUCAAGGCUCCCCUCCACUCCCUCCUUUGUCCUUUCUCCUUGUGUUUAUGCCUUGGAAUGCUUGGAGAGGAGGGAAUUGGUGUUGUGAAGUAGCUUCCACCUCUGCAGACUUGCUGAGUGAGGCAGAGGACGUGUGGCUGCUGGGAAGCUUGGAAAUCUCAUGGCUGCUGUGUGGGCUCCCUGUCUGCCUGCCUGGAUGGGCAAACAACGCCGGGAAAGGAGCUGUGCAGGAAGCAGGAGGGCAGCAGAAAGCAUCACUCUCCUGUGCUCAUAAGGAGCCAAAAUGAAUCCGUUCCUCCCUUGGUCCCCGGCUCAGUGGGAUCAAUGUGAAAGACUCGUGGCUGUUGAGCUCGGCCUGUCAGCACGUACCUACCUGGAGGAAGCACUAGCACUGUCCUGCUUUCAGCUGUUGGCUCAAUAACCCCUUCCCUGGAGCCCCCCAAACUGAAAACACUAGCUUUGUGAAUCAAAGGAGCACUUUACACACUAUGGGAACUUUGAGAAGUUGACUUUGCAUCACACAACAACCCAGGAACAUCACGACUGUUAGGAAUGCUGUUCUUUUUAUUCCUUUCCUUGCUUCCUGGUUGUUUUAUUGCACUACGUGUGUGCGUAUAUUAAUAUGUAUUCCUAAGAGUGAAUAUAUAUUGAUAUUGAUAUGGUUUGUGUGUAACUGUACGUAUUUAACUGUACUGUAUCUCGUGAGUGCGAGGCAAAGAGCACUGCAGAGUCUGUGCUGUUCCUCCUCCACACCAGGCAAAGCUCACUUGCAGUCUGGCAGUACCAAGAUUUGUUUUUUAUUUAAAUGUUCUUUUAAGGACAGUCAUUACAAAGCUCCAUGCUUUUUAAGAGCUGAAGAACAGGCGUUAGGAGAUCCCACACACUUGGAAACGCAUUUUUAAAGAAGUGUUAUUUGCUGCUUUGUUUUUGUUUGUUGGGUUUGUUUUUGUUUUUUUUUUUUUUUUUAUAAAGAAAUCCCAUAGCGUUCAGUUUUAUGUUCAGCAUUUCUUUCAAGGAGACUCUGUAGCCAAAUGCGACUGCGGGUGCGAGUGGCUGGAGUUCUGGUUGAGGCUUCGGGUGCUGUGAGCAUGCGUGUGAGAGGGGAGCUGCCUGCCUUCCAUCUGUCUGUGAGAGCAUGAGUGUGACGUUGCGGAGUCGUGGCAGUAUUGUGGUAACGCUGGGCAGGAAAGCAUCUUUGAAAGCAACUCGAAAACCUCAGGCUUAGUUUUUGGGGAUCUAAAAAUACUUUGCACACGGUGGUUAAGUCCUCCGUCGCUUUUUUUUCCUCUCAAGAUUGGCACGUUCGGUGUGAUACUUUACAAGGGUUUCAGGAGCAACUUCAUAGGCUUUGGAGCUGGCACUGCGUUUGGCAACAUGGGUGUUUCUGUUCACAGAGUGCCAAUAAAGAAAUUCAAAAAUAUUUCCAAUCACCCCGACCAGGGAAGCUUAAGUGUAGCUUUCACAAAUGCUUCAGUAUUUGGCUCACAGUCUGCUGCUUCUGUGGCCGUUUGUGCUUGUGCCUGGGAAAAAAAAAAAUAAAAAAAAAAAGACAGAAACAACCAACCCCUGCAGCCUGUUGUGGACAGAAAUGUCGAGGAGACGCAGACUGCUUCAGCAAGGUUUUGGCCGGCUGUGCAAAGGGCUGCGCUGCAGCACAGGAGCCCCGAGCCAGGACUGACUCUGCAGUACCGAGCCCUGCAGCCCAGAGCCCCAGCCCGGGAUGCACCGCGCCCCAAUGAGCCGUGUGUGUGUGUGGCAAGCUCAGCACUAACCUUCCAGCUGUACUUCAUUACUUGAAUGUAUCAAAAUCGUCCACAUUCAAUGUAUACAAGUAUAUAUUGCUCCAAAAAAAAAAAAAAAAGAAUAUAAAUUGUGGUUUACAGACCUACAACCGAUAUAUAUGUAUGUGUUUGUGUAUAUACAUGCAAGGCUGUGUGUGUGUGUAUGUGUGUGCAUGGGUAGAGAUACACACACAAACACAAACGUGUAUAUAUAUGUUUGUUUUUUUUUUUCUCUCAAUACUUGAAACUUAGCCACUGUGCUUGAAUUAAAAAAAAAAAAAGAAAAAAAAAGAAAAAAAAACCCCAACAAAAUACCGACACAAAAUAACCCCAAAAUUGGGGAGGAAAAAAAAAAGGAAAAAAAAAAAAAAAAAAAGAAAAAUCUGACAGGUGAUUUAUUUUACCAUCACUUUGGUGACUUUCUUUUUUAUCUAACUGCAUGUAGCGUGAAACCAACUUUUUUGGUGAAAAAUAUUUAUUGCUUUGUAGACAAUAAGGUAUGCAAAAAAAAGAAAAAAAAAAAAUAAAUAAAGAAAACACCCCAAAAACCAACCCCCAGCCAUUGCUGAAGUUGCUAGUGUAGUCCACCUGCUAUUGUCAUGGCUUUGUUGCUGUUGCAGCGUUUGUGUCUGGCGUCUUUAAUAGAUUUCAAGAAACCUCAGUCUAAUUACACGUACCUUCAGGUUUGUGAGAGCGUAUGAUGAUGUUCUUUAUAAGGUAAUGCUUGAUACUUUGUCAACAUUUUUUAUUUGUGUUUUGUGUGACUUUUUUUUUUUUUUUUUGGCUUUAAAUUGUACAACACCGAUUUAAGACAAUAAAAUUGAUUUGAAAUUGUUA